UUUUUUUUGGUCCCCUGGCCGCCAUUUCUAGUCAACAGUGUGUCCUUGAUAACAGACAGGCAGGUCGGUUAGCCUAGCUCCAAAAUUAGACCACCGACAAUCCAUCUAAGGGACGUCUCUACUGGAAACUAAGGAGUUUAACCAAAAGAGUUCAGGGAAGCACAAUUUGACGUCAAGCUAGAGACUCCAACGGGGUAAAUAAUGGCGUUUUUAAUCAAAAGUAUGGUUGGGAACCCACUGAAGGGAAUGGGACUUGGAGGAGGAGAGGCAAAAGCUGAGGAAGAGACCCCCAAGGACCCCGCAGCGGCCGCCGGCAUGACUAGAGAAGAAUAUGAGGAGUACCAGAAACAAGUAGUGGAGGAAAAAAUGGAACGAGAUGCAGAUUUCUUGCACAAGAAAGCAGAGAGGGCGACUCUGAGAGUUUGUCUAAGAGAAAAAUACCGGCUUCCUAAAAGUGAGCAGGAUGAAAACAUGCUCCAGAUGGCAGGAGAUGAUGUAGAUGUUCCCGAGGAGCUGCUGAAGAUGGUGGAUGAGGAUGCCACAGAGGAAGAGGAGAAGGACUCCAUCCUAGGGCAGAUGCAGAACUUACAGAACAUGGACAUGGAUCAGUUAAAAGAGAAAGCCAGCGCUACACUGACGGAGAUGAAGUCCAAGGCUGAGGAGAAGUGUUCUGUCAUGUAAUGAUUUAGCAAGUUCACACAUUUCUACAAUCCAGGUCUACGUUUCCCAAAAGCAUCAUAAUUCUCCACCAUGCUUUUGAGAAACACAGCCCAGGUCUCUUUUUGAAAAAAAAAA